AUGGAAGAGUUGAUUGAUGCGGGGCUGAGCGACAAGAAAGCUGGUCAGGAUGCAGGUGGACACAAAGAUGAAGCAUUGUUUGACCCCGACACAAUAUCCUCACUAGAUGCGAUUGAAACGGCUACAUUGAUGGAUAUGAUGAUGAAGUGCCGCCGACGCAAAAAAAAAAAAGAAUAUGCGCGUCAAGUUGAUAUUAUUAAUGUACCAAAACCAAAGCGUCGCGGAAGACCCCGGACAACGUCCAAGCAGCUUACCCAAACGAAGCUUCCAGUGAGAUUAGCAGUACACAAGUAUCCAAGCGGUCUCACCGUAUCACUCGACCGACUUCUCGUUUGCGCACGAAACACGCCGAAUUUGAAUCAAUUUGUGAACUGCGUAGCAGGUUUCUACGAUGUAAAGACCAGAACUAAAUCUUGGAUCAAAGACCGAAAAUGGCUGGAACACGAUUGGCGUAAGGUCCCGUCGGGCGUGAACUGA